AUGUUGCUAUUCUUGGUGGCUGGCUAUGAAACUACAGCAUCUGCUGUAGCUUGGUUUAUACAUUUGCUCAGUAAAAAUUCGCGAGUUCAAAGGAAAAUCAAAGCAGAGUUAGCACAAAAUACUCAGUAUAAACUUUCAAUAGAUCAACUUGAUUUUCUUGUUUAUUUGGAUUGUGUUAUUGAAGAAGUUCUUCGAUUUGUUCCGCCUACAAAUGGAACGACACGAACAUUGACAACUGAUGAUCAACUUCCUCACAGUGGAAUAAAAUUGCACAAAGGUGAUCAAAUCAUGAUAUCCUUUCAUAAUUUGGCACGGGAUAAAAGAUAUUGGAAUAUUGAUCCUGAAUUAUUCUAUCCAGAACGUUUUCAACUAGAAGACAAAGCUCAUCAUCCAUAUGCAUUAAUUCCAUUUGGGGGUGGUCAUCGCCAAUGUAUUGGCCAAGAUUUAGCAAAAUUUGAAUUCAAAGUCAUUGCAGCUAGACUUAUGCAACAUGUUACAUUUGUAGAUGGAGGACCUGAAGUUAAUCAAGGUGGAUAUGAACAAAAAUUAACGAUUGUACCUCGACAUCUAGGAGUUACAAUUACUUUCGACUAA